GGAAUUCUGGAAUUUGUGUAAGGGUUUCAGUGUUUUAGUAUUCCAAAUCAUCUUCUUCGCAGUCAACAUCCGUGAAUCCCUUUUGAGAAGCUCGGACACUUACUAGGUAUAUGAAAUCUGAACAUGUCACUUGUCCCUUAGCUGAUAGAUCUAUUAAGAAAGCCAGAGGCAAGAUUCUUUUUUGUUUUUUUUCUCUUGCAUUAGAAAAAUUGUGCCUCCUCUUCCUCUUGCAAUGUGAAGAAGACUACGCAACUUGGCUGUAGAGUGUAGGCAAUCUCAGUAGUAUGGAAAUUGAAAUUUUGUUAAAUUUCUUCUUUCUUCUUGACUGAAAUUUUACACCUACGUUGCAUUUUUAAUUUGAAAAUUUCCUGUUGUUUUAUGCAGGUAAAGCAGGUCCCCUUUUUGAAAUCGAGAUUCUGAUUGGGAAGAGCUGAAUUUUUUCAGUGUCACUUGUGAUGCUACCCAUUCUCAUGGCAACACUCCCAUCCAUCCUAAAUGCUCCAUAGAAAAUUCUGCACAUGACAAAGCUACUGUUGUGGAUGAUGAAACUUCCGCAAAUGACAUGAAAAAUCAACUAAUUGAGCUCUUUCGUAAUAGAUUCAAUGGUACUGCCAUUGUGAAUGGUGAUGAACAAUUUAGAAGUUCAACCAGAAGACAAACCAGCAAACCUUUCGCAACCUGAAAGAGAAAUCAAAACAGUCAGCUGCUGCCUUCUUAGUUUGGUGCAAAGCCUGGGCUUUGAUGAGAGAAAGAAGAGACUAAACCCAGCCAAACUGAUCGAUGGAGACUUGAUUAGAGAUGGCUCAGGUUGUUGGAUCUCUGGUUUCACAGUCAAUGUGGGUGAUGCCUCUAUUUUUAUUGCUGAGCUCUGGGGUCUUAAAUGCGGGCUUCGAUUAUGCAACUCUUGUUUCUACCAGUGGACCAGAAGGAUGCCAAUUAUCAUGCCACAAAUGAGUCUCAGUGCCAUCUCCUGGGAUAUGUUGGAUGAGCCCCCUAGCCCGUUGCCUGAGCUUGAGUAGUUUCCUCCAACCCCAUGAUGCAUUUGAGGGAAUUUUUACAGCCCAGAAACUUCUUACUUUUAACAAUGGUACUGCCGUUGUGAAUGGUGAUGAACAAUUUAGAAGUUCAACCAGAAGACAAACCAGUAAACCUUUCCCAACCUGAAAGAGAAAUCAAAACAGUCUGGUGCUGCCUUCUUAGUUUGGUGCAAAGCCUGAGCUUUGAUGAGAAAAGAAAAGACUAAACCCAGCCAAACUGGUCAAUGGUAAGCCAAAUGUUUAUGCUGUAUAAAUUUUUCCAGAAGUUCACACUUCAUAAUUAGCAUUUUGGUAAAAAUAAAAAUUGUCAGUAUCUUAAAUUGUUUUCCGUUUCUUAGUAUAGUUUUGUAUUAAUUAAUCAUCAAAGUAACAUAAACUCUGAUGGGUCUUAUAAUGCUGCUGGUAAUUCUGCUGGAGCAGGAGACUUGAUUAGAGAUAGCUCAGGUUGUUCGAUCUCUGGUUUCACAGUCAAUGUGGGUGAUGCUUCUAUUUUUAUUGCUGAGCUUUGGGGUCUUAAAUGCGGGCUUCGAUUAUGCAACUCUUCGUUUAACUAAAAUAGUUGCUGAAAUGGAUUCAUUGAUGGCUAUUCGCUUUAUUCAAGAGAAUCGGGUACCAAAUAAUUUGUCUGCAGCAACUUUAGUAGAUAGUAAGAGUUUGAUGCUGGAGUUUGAUGUUUGCCUUUUGCAACAUACUUUGUGGGAAGGGAAUGCUGCAGCAGACUUCUUAGCUUCCUUGGGACACUCUUCGCCACGAGGCUUAAGCAUUUGGGACUCUCCACCACGUGGUUUAAGGUCCAUCCUAUAACACACCUCCUAGGCACUCUUAGUUCUAAGAGAGUUCGGAAACAAAAUUUAUAAUAAAGAAUUGCAGAGGAA